UAGCUACUCGACUGUAGAAUCAGAAGAAUAUGGUCUUUACCAAGUGAAAAUAUUCUCAUUAUGUAGUUUUAUUCGUCCAAAUAGAGGGAGUGCAUAAUUGAAAAGGACGUAAAUAUUUUUCGUCUGUAUUUAUUGCGAAUUGUCGUUCAGAUGUGGUUCGUUUUUAUUAAACAUACUUUUCAUAAUCUUUUAUCUUUAUUAGAAUCUGCAUCGUUAUCAGUCUAUUGUUAAUUACUAAUAUACGAUAUUUUUGAGAAGAUACUUUGAUAGUAUCAUUCAAACAACAAACAUAUUUUAAACACUCAUCAUGCCACGUAGAAAUCGUCACAAGAAAACUCCUCUUAUUGGAGAAGACACUAGAAUUGCAGUGAAUUUAACUCUAAAGAAGUUAUUGGAGACUCCUGACCAAAAAGAAUUAGAAUUUCCUUCUUCGUAUACAGCAGAGGAAAGAGCUUAUAUUCAUAAACUAUCACAUGAACUUGGACUAAAAUCCAAAAGUAGAGGUAAAGGUACAAAUCGCUUUCUAACAGUGUACAAGAGAGAAGGAUCAACCAUAGUUCAAGCUGAUGCUGUUAUCAAAUUACAGAAGGCAUCAAGACAGAGUAUUUAUAAUUUAUUGCAGACUUUUCCAUUAAAUCAUAAAGAAUGUCAAGAUUUAUUACCACCAAUUGAAAGGGAAAGGCCUCUUAAUGCAGAAGUUUCAGUAAGUACAAGCACUAAAGCAAUGGGUAGAUUAAAUAACAGUGUACCACAAAUACCACAAUUAAAAACUAAUUUCGAUGUAUUAAACUAUCGCAAAGCUCUGCCAAUAUUUAACUCUAGAGAAGACAUUCUUAAUGCUUUAAAUUCUAAUCAAGUGGUUAUAAUAGGAGGUGAAACGGGUAGUGGUAAAACUACCCAAGUACCUCAAUUUAUUCUUGAACACUGUCAGCAAAGGCAUCAACUUUGUAGAAUUAUUUGUACUCAACCACGAAGACUGUCAGCUGUUUCUGUAGCUGAGAGAGUGGCAUUUGAAAGAGAUGAAAAAAUUGGUCAAACAUUUGGCUAUCAAAUAAGACUUGAAAGUAGAGUUGCUCCAAAAACUCUUUUAACAUACUGCACGAACGGUGUAUUGCUUAGAACUCUUAUGGCGGGUGAUUCUGCUUUAAGUACCGUUACGCACGUUAUUGUAGAUGAAAUUCACGAACGCGAUAGAUUUUGUGACUUUCUUCUAAUAGCACUGAAAGAUGCACUGCAGAAACACAAGUCCCUCAAGCUUAUACUUAUGAGUGCUACAUUGGAUGUCAGUGUUUUUGUAAAGUAUUUUAGCAAAUGUGCAGUUAUAAAUGUUUUGGGUAGAUCGUACGAUGUUGAUACGUAUUUUCUCGAAGAUGUUUUAAAAAUAACUGGUUAUAUGACGAAAGAAAUGCUUUCAAAGAGAAAGGAGCUUUUGAAUAAGAAAGAUCAACGUAAACUUUUAGAAAGUUGGACUCAAUAUAAGCCUCAACAAUUAGGAUCCCAUACUGGGAACGAAAGAUGUUUGUUGCCCGCUCCAAUCUUAGCACAACAAAAUGAACCACUUCCAGAGAAGAUCAAAUUAGAACCUUGGUUAAUAGAAGAAAUGGAUAAAAGUAUUUCUGAGGCAUGGUUGCGUGGUGGUGAAGAUAACUUUGCACAGCUUUUAUAUUUCAUACUUUCUGAAAACGUUUCUGUAGAUUAUCAACAUUCCACAACGUCCGUAACGCCGCUUAUGGUGGCUGCAGGUAGAGGAUGUAUCAAUACUACAGAACAACUUUUAAAUCUUGGAGCAAAUUUAAAUUUACGAGCGGGCAAUGAAUGGACUGCCUUAGAUUGGGCAAGAAAUAUGAAUCAGACCGAGUGUGCUGAAUUAAUAGAAGCAUAUAUGAAAACUUACGAUUGUACAGUACAAGAUGAUACAAUAACGCAUGCUAAAGAUGUUUCACUUUCGGAAGAAGACAAACUUUUAUUAGACGUGUAUCAUCAUACAUUUAAUGAUGACAAUAUUAAUUAUGAUCUUCUCUUACAAUUAAUUAUGCAUAUUCAUUUAAAAAUGCCUCUUGGUUCUCUAUUAAUAUUUCUGCCAGGAUAUGAUGAUAUUGUAACUAUGAGGGAAAAAAUAAAUAAUGAAGAAAAAGAAAUGAAUCAGGGUUUACGCUACGUUUUAUACAUACUUCAUUCAAACAUGCAAACAUGUGAUCAGAAGAAAGUAUUUAAACCAAGCCCUAUGGGAACCAGAAAAAUUAUUCUUUCAACCAACAUCGCUGAGACAAGUAUAACGAUUGAUGAUGUUGUGUAUGUUAUCGAUUCGGGAAAAGUUAAAGAAAAAUCUUUUGAUGCUAUAUCAGGAGUAUGCACACUUAAGUCCAACUGGAUCUCCCAAGCUUGUGCAAAACAACGUAAAGGUAGAGCAGGAAGAUGUAGGAAAGGCAUUUGCUAUCGUCUGUUCUCUUCAGUUCGGUACAACAGUAUGCAGCCCUAUCAAACCCCAGAAAUUUUACGAUUACCAUUGCAAGAAUUAUGUCUAUAUACAAAACAUUUAGCCCCGGGGAAUACACCCAUUGCGGAAUAUUUAGAUCGUGCUAUAGAACCACCUUCUAAUAUGGUAACAAGAAACGCGGUACAAUUAUUAAAAACUAUCGAUGCAUUAGACCCAUGGGAAGAUCUCACCGAAUUAGGAAGUCAUUUACUUGAUUUACCAAUUGAACCACGACUGGGAAAAAUGUUACUGUAUGCUGUUGUUUUGAAAUGUUUAGACCCAGUUUUAACCAUUGUAUGUAGUCUGGCAUACAAGGAUCCUUUUGUUUUACCUUCACAACCGUCGCAAAAAAGAGCUGCAACAGCAGCUCGUAAACGAUUCGCAACCAAUACGUAUUCCGAUCAUAUGGCAGUUUUACGUGCUUUCCAAGGUUGGCAAAAUGCACGUGCAAGUGGCAAAGAACGUGCGUUUUGUGAACAAAAUUUUAUUUCUGCUGCCGUGAUGGAAAUGGUGGUUGGGAUGCGCACUCAACUUCUUGGCCAGCUUCGUGCAUCAGGAUUUGUUAGGGCAAGGGGACCAGGAGAUAUUAGAGAUUUGAAUUCUAAUUCUGAAAAUUGGGCUGUUGUAAAAGCUGCCCUGACUGCUGGUUUAUAUCCAAACCUUAUAAGAGUAGACAGAGAGCAUUUGCAAUUAAGAACACAAAAAGAAGUGAAAGUAUUUUUCCAUCCAUCAUCAACUUUAAGAGAUUAUCCGAAAUCUCCAAGAAUGACAUCUGCUCAAACACAUGCAACUAAUGUAGAAAGUUUACCAUGUGAUUGGUUACUUUAUGAGGAAAUGAGUCGCACAGGACGAUUCUGUCACGUUAGAAUGGCUACAUUGGUUAAUCCGUUAACAGUGGCAUUAUUUUGUGGACCAGCAAGAUUAUCGGUAGAUGUAAUCUACGAAGCUGAAUCUGUACCAGAAAGUGAGUCAGAUUCUGAAGCUGAUGAGAAUAAUGAAGGAACGAUUUUCAAACUUGAUGAUUGGGUAGUGUUUAAACUUGAUCCCGAGACUGCUCGAUUCUUUUUACAUUUAAGACAAAAAUGGAAUGCAUUAUUCUUAAGACGUAUGAAAACGCCAAACAAAGCUAUGUCACAAUUAGAUGAAAAGGUAGUGAGUACUUUAGUAAAUGUAAUUACUAAUGAAGAACAAGCGUGUGGACUACAACAGCCGUCUGGUAUCGGUCAAAGACCCCGUCCUUUAAUUGUUGAUUAUUAUCCUGCCAAUGCUAGACGAACGGAUGAUUUUGUAGAGAGAAAUUUUUAAGUUUGAUCGGAAGAGGAAUAUUUUAUUAAGUACAAUUAAUGAGAAAUUUUAUUUUCUUGGUUCCUAUGUGUAAUUUAUUGCGCAAAUUGCAAUAAUAUUCCCGUAAUUUACGUAAACUUUAUAACAGUUAAAUAGCUCGCUUUUGAAAUCGACAGGGUAAAAGAAACGAAUUACCACUGAUCGUAGGACGUACAUA